CGGGCUACUGAUUCACAGACCAGGAGAGAGAGAGGAAAGAUUAUCAUAAAGAGUCAGAAGCAGCUCAUCUCAGACAUGAAUAAUCGCUCCAUAGCCUGGUGGCUGAAACAGAUAGGACUGCCCCAGUACACCAAGUCACUGGAGGGAGAAUACUACGGUCUAGAGGGUUUGCUGUAUGUAUGUGAUGUAGAUCUGAAGGAGGCAGGAGUAGAUGAUCCCAGUCACAGAGACACUAUACUGUCUCAGCUGCUGCGACACAGACAGACACUAGACCCACACUCUGGUAUGGUGGAGGAGCUGAGGGUGAGCAGGAAGUAUUCUCUGGGCUCGUCUCUGGACCUGGUGAAACCCAGGAAGGAUCUGUUCCGUCAGAGUGUUCUGCCCCGCCUUCGACGCAAGGUCACAGUCUCCGCCUCCUGUUCACAGCUCCACCCACUGGAGGAGGGGCUCAGCCCAGGACUCGCCCCCGAGCAGACAAGGAAACGCAGUAAGAGGAGGAGUGUCACUGCAUACCUGAGUCAGCUGAAGGUGUUUGGAGGUAGCAGGGAGAUGGACUCUCUGAAGAAGGAGUUGGAGGAGGAACUGAAGCUAUCUACUAAUGACCUGAGGAGUCACGCCUGGUACCAUGGACCCAUAGGCAGAGAGGGGGCAGAGGCUCUGCUGGAGAGAGAUGGUGACUUCCUGGUUCGUGACACAGCCUCCUCCCCCGGUGACUAUGUCUUGAGUUGCUAUUGGAAGGACGAGCCCAUGCACUUCAAGAUCAUUAAGGUGGUCCUUCGGCCCAAGAAGGGUUACUCCCGUGAGCUGUUCCAGUUUGAAGGGGAUCGUUUCGACAACAUUCCCGCCCUUGUGCGUUUCCACGUGGGUGGACGUCAUCCUGUCUCCCAGGCCUCUGGCGCCAUAGUCUAUCACCCAAUCACACGCUCCCUGCCUAUACGUGUCAUCAGUGAGCGCCAGGCAGAGCGGACCGAAAGCAACAGAUCCAGCAAUAGAUCCAGCAACUGCGCCCUCGACAGGGUGGGGGUGGAAUCACAGCCAGACCGCAACAAGAGACUCAGCUUCAACUCAUCACACAUGGACACACUACACGUCACUAACACACUGCUCAGGAGUGGGAGUCAGCCAGCCAACCUGGAGAAUCUGGGCAGAAGACCCUCGAUCCAAUCAGCACAGUCUGAAAGCAACCUACGCACAGGUGCGCCUCACAGCGGUGAAUCAGAGGCCGUAGGCCCCGCUCCCAUUUCCCCAGUGUUCCGAACGGGUAGCGAACCCCUGAUCAGCCCCUCUGCCCUCAGACACACACGGCCCUCACACCCAGGUGGAGGUGUGACGCUGCGAGGUUCUGACGGACAGCUGCACCCCCGAGCCCCGCCCAAACCCUUCAGAGUGUCCACCUUCUUCCCCGGGACUCCUCCCAACCGUCACCGUGACGACCCCUACGACGAGCUGGUCAUCCAGGUGCCUGAAUCAAAAAAGCGGGGCCACGUGGACAGGCUGCGUGCGGAGGAGAAGUGGCAGAGCAGAGCCCGUCUCACUGAGACAUCCUUCAGCUUCCUGGAGGCACAGGAAAGCGGGGAGUUGCCUCGGUUACCAAUUGACGGACAGGUCCAGGAGGAAGAGGAGGAUUCACACUUUCAGAGGCCGCAGGUGGAGACGGUGUCGUGUUUCAGACUGGACCAGUUUGAGUCCCUCCUGCUACCAGAAAAUAACAGACCUCUAGACCCCACCGUUCUCAUGGUGCUCAAAGAACUGUUCACACGCUCCAACGCCAUGACAACCGCUCUGCACAUUCUCAGUGUUGACUGCCAGGUGGCUCGUAUCGUGGGUGUGACAGAGGACCAGAAGAGGAUGAUGGGAGUUGGCUCAGGUCUGGAGCUGGUCACCCUGUCUCACGGACAACAGCUCAGACAGGACCUGCUGGAGAGGCACCACCUGCUAGCCCUGGGCGUUGCCAUAGAUAUCCUGGGCUGUACAGGGACGGUAGGUCAGAGGGCCACGGUGCUGCAUAAAGUCAUCCUAUUGGCCCAGGCCCUGAGAGACCACGCCCACAACCUCUACGCAUUCUCAGCCGUCAUGAAGGCUCUGGAGAUGCCUCAGGUCGUCCGUCUGGAGAGGACAUGGAGGGCACUGAGGAGGAACCACACAGAGAGCGCUGUGAUGUUUGAGAAGACCCUCAAACCCUUCAUGAUCGCUCUGAAUGACGGAGAUGGUGAGGAAGACUCUGUGGUGCAGGGUCCCCUGGCUGUGCCCUACCUGGUUCCCCUCCUGAGGCUGAUGGAGGGAGAGGAGGGAGAACACACAGAGAGAGGCUGCCAGUUGUUAUACAACACCCUGCAGGCGGCACGCAACGCAGCCCUACACGCCCCACAGUACCAGGAGCACGCACACAGCCUGCUCACAGGUGACUGGGAGCCAAUCCCAGAGCUGCUGGAGGGGUUCAGGACAGAGUUUGCCCUGAGGCUGUUCUGGGGUCAGACUGGAGCCGCGGCAGACAAGGAGAAACGCUACGACAAGUUUGACAAGAUCCUCACCGUGCUCUCCAACAAACUGGAACCUACCGAGGAGUUCUCACCGGAACUCUGACCCUUUCAACUCUAUACUGUGACCUGGGCUGCAUUCAGGAGGGCGCAACGUUGCACAACAGUUUGAAAUCUGUAACCCGUUUUUACCUGGAUCAUUAUUCAGAAGCUUUUUGUAGCAAAAAAAAUAAUAAUCAAAAAAAUAGUUUGUUAUUGGAGAAGUUCAGGUGUUUCCUCCCUGUUUCAGUCCGUUUCAGUGUCUAAUGAAUAUGUCCUGGGAUGUGUGUCUGGGUGUUUCCUCCCUGUUUCAGUCCGUUUCAGUGCCUAAUGAAUAUGUCCUGGGAUGUGUGUCUGGGUGUUUCCUCCCUGUUUCAGUCCGUUUCAGUGUCUAAUGAAUAUGUCCUGGGAUGUGUGUCUGGGUGUUUCCUCCCUGUUUCAGUCCGUUUCAGUGCCUAAUGAAUAUGUCCUGGGAUGUGUGUCUGGGUGUUUCUGUUGUUCUCACCCACGGAGUUCAUACCUAGCAGGUGUGGAUGCGUUGGUUUCCCCUCAUAAACCUGGCCAAGGUCAGGGUCCCAAAUGGCACCCUAUUCUCUAUGAAGGGCCACCACCAGGGCUCUGGUUGAAAGUAGGGCACGAUACAGGGAGUAGGGCUCUAGAUGAAAGUAGGGCACGAUACAGGGAAUAGGGCUCUAGAUGAAAGUAGGGCACGAUACAGGGAAUAGGGCUCUGGUUGAAUGUAGGGCACGAUACAGGGAAUAGGGCUCUGGUUGAAAGUAGGGCACGAUACAGGGAAUAGAGCUCUGGUUGAAAGUAGGGCACGAUACAGGGAAUAGGAUCCUAUUUGGGACAUAGACAAGGUGCUUCUACUGGUUGUUGGUUCAGGUGUCAAAAUGUUGACCAGCAGUUUACCCGUUAACACGUUCUGUGUUCAGACAACUUUAUUCUGUAGAGUUUACCCUGUUAACAACUUUAUUCUGUAGAGUUUACCUGUUAACACGUUAACAACUUUAUUCUGUAGAGUUUACCCUGUUAACAACUUUAUUCUGUAGAGUUUACCCUGUUAACACAUUCUGUGUUCAGACAACUUUAUUCUGUAGAGUUUACCUGUUAACACGUUAACAACUUUAUUCUGUAGAGUUUACCCUGUUAACAACUUUAUUCUGUAGAGUUUACCCUGUUAACACAUUCUGUGUUCAGACAACUUUAUUCUGUAGAGUUUACCUGUUAACACGUUAACAACUUUAUUCUGUAGAGUUUACCCUGUUAACACGUUAACAACUUUAUUCUGUAGAGUUUACCCUGUUAACAUGUUAACACCUUUAUUCUGUAGAGUUUACCCUGUUAACAUGUUAACAACUUUAUUCUGUAGAGUUUACCCUGUUAACACGUUAACAACUUUAUUCUGUAGAGUUUACCCUGUUAACAUGUUCUGUGUUCAGACAACUUUAUUCUGUAGAGUUUACCCUGUUAACACCUUUAUUCUGUAGAGUUUACCCUGUUAACAACUUUAUUCUGUAGAGUUUACCCUGUUAACACCUUUAUUCUGUAGAGUUUACCCUGUUAACAACUUUAUUCUGUAGAGUUUACCCUGUUAACAACUUUAUUCUGUAGAGUUUACCCUGUUAACAACUUUAUUCUGUAGAGUUUACCCUGUUAACAUGUUAACAACUUUAUUCUGUAGAGUUUACCCUGUUAACAACUUUAUUCUGUAGAGUUUACCCUGUUAACACCUUUAUUCUGUAGAGUUUACCCUGUUAACAACUUUAUUCUGUAGAGUUUACCCUGUUAACACGUUAACAACUUUAUUCUGUAGAGUUUACCCUGUUAACAACUUUAUUCUGUAGAGUUUACCCUGUUAACACGUUAACAACUUUAUUCUGUAGAGUUUACCCUGUUAACAACUUUAUUCUGUAGAGUUUACCCUGUUAACAACUUUAUUCUGUAGAGUUUACCCUGUUAACAACUUUAUUCUGUAGAGUUUACCCUGUUAACAACUUUAUUCUGUAGAGUUUACCCUGUUAACAACUUUAUUCUGUAGAGUUUACCCUGUUAACACGUUCUGUGUUCAGACAACUUUAUUCUCAACCGACCAGGUGUCUGUGAAAGUAGUUUUUUUAAGGGAAAAUCACUGGAAAGUUCUGAUGAUAUAAAUGAUUUAAAA